AUGAUAUAUCCACAGGUACUUUGCAGCCAGUUACUUCUGAUUGUGGUCCGUUUGGCGUCCAUCUAUAUGAAGUGGAACAAGGGACCCACGAAGAAGCUUUUGCGAAUCAAAGUAACUUCUCACGAAUCUGAAUUGGAGUUCAAUAUAUCGCCUAAAAGCACUGGAAAGUAUCUGUUUGACCUAGUGUGCAGUACUAUCGGUUUACGGGAGACAUGGUAUUUUGGCUUGCAAAGUUAUAGCGUGUUACCAAACGGACGGAUGCGGUUAUCACAGUGGUUAAAACUAGAUAAAAAAAUUGUUUCGCAACGUGCCAAUGCGGUUCAGAAGCAGUUAUGUUUCUUUUUUCACACCAAGUUCUUCCCCGAGGACAUUGAGCAAGAACUGAUCCAAGCGACCACUCGUCAUUUAUUCUAUUUGAGCGUCAAAGCGACAAUUCUAAAUCGGAAUGAAACAGAUCUCAAUGGAACCUUUUCCUGUGAUCUCUGUCCCAGUUUGGAUGUGGCAAUUGUUCUGGCCUCGUUGGCAGCCCAGGCGGAGUACGGAGAUCUGUGUGAAGAUGAACUGGACGACAAAGAUGAUCCGAAUUUUCUUCCCACGCGUUUGCUGCGUCUAAUCCCGGUGCAACUGGUACAACAUGUCCAAACCAAUCAGGUUCUCGCCCAAAAAUUGCGCGAGUGCUAUAAAUCGUAUAAAGGAAUCAAUCGCGAUAAAGCCGAGUUGCAGUAUCUGAAAUUAGCACAAAUGCACCAUUUAUUCGGUGUGGACUUCUUUCCGAUCGUUGUAAGUGAUCGCCCGAACAAGAUAGCGCAACUGAUGCGUGCUGCUUGCUCCUGGCUGGACCCCGUAUUUUUGUGGUCGCUUGUUUCUGUUUUGCCCGUUUGCGUGCAUCUAUAUGUUCACAUUAGAACCAUUCAGUCCUGCAUGAAAGCCUGUUGCAUGAGACUCACCGUUCAAUCACUCUGA